AUGGGCUUCCGUCGACUCUCGGCAUACAUAGCAGCCUUGCUGGCGCUUCAUAUCGGGCCCAGCACGGCUGACCUCGUCACGUACAACUGGCGCGUCACCGAAAUCACUGCGGUGUUUGACGGUAUUCCUCGACCCAUGCUCGGCAUCAACGACAAGCCGUCAGACCAAGCAGUAAUCGACGUGAAGCUGGGCCAAGAGGUUGAAGUGCACGUCACGAACGAGCUGGCCGUGCCUACGUGCCUUCACUGGCACGGACUUAAUCAACCGGGUACGCAAGAAAUGGACGGCACAUCUGGGGUUACCCAAUGCCACAUCCCGCCGAACGGCACGGCAGUCUACCACUACAAACCGGAAAAGGCUGGUACCUUUUGGUGGCACAGUCAUGAGUCCUCACAGUUUGCCUUUGGACUUCGUGGCCCGCUGAUCGUGCGUUCCCCUGUGGAUGAACAAGAGCCGUGGGAGAAAGACAUCGCGGGCGAGUAUACCAUUCAACUCGCCGAUUAUUACCACGCUGAGCCUGGCCCAGUGCGUAUGUGGGAUACGAUGCUCAUUAAUAACCGCGGACGCUACAACUGCACUGCUGCAGCGUCUCACGGAUUCGAGGAGUGCUCCGAGAACCAACCGCUGUCGCGGUUCCGCUUCGAGGCCGGCAAGAACUAUCUCUUACGUCUCGUCAACAUGGCUGCAUUGUCUCCGGUCGUGUUCAGCAUCGACGACCACGAAUUCCAGGUCGUUGCGGCUGACAGUGAACCACUCCAGCCUUCAAAGUUCAUCAACUCUAUCACCCUCAACUGCGGGCAUCGCUAUGAUCUUUUGGUGCGCGCAAAGACUUCACCGCUUCUCGGACUCAAUAGUGGUAAAAUCGGCUCAGUUUGGAUGCGUGCUACUGGCCUCCAUGGACUCCCGUGGACUAGAGGAACUGCAGCAACUGCUGGUGAGGGAUACAACUACGAAGGGCUCGCGAUUGUAUCGUACGAAGCGGAAGACACCGCGGAGCCAACUUCGAAAGCAGUCACCGAAGCGAGGACCGUAGAUGAAUUUGACUUCCUUCCUCUAUCGCCCAGCACGCUACCAUCGACCCCAUCAGACCGCACCGUCCUCGAAUUCAAGAUGCAAUCGGCUCUCGGGCAUUUCGCAAUCGACGGAGGAGACUACCACCACUUUGUGGCUCCAAGCGAGCCGCCACUUUUUACGAUCGCGGGUGGGCUGAAGACCGAGCAGUUACCUGUUGAGGCCAAUGCCCGCAAGAUCGAGUACGGCAAGCACAUUGAGGUUGUGCUCGUGAACGUGAAGGACGAGCAGCACCCCUUCCACAUGCACGGACACGCCCCCUGGGUCGUGGGAAGCGGCGUAGCAUCGAUCGAGGAUAUCCGGAACAACGCGUUGCCUCCAUUGAAGCUCGUCAAUCCCAUGAUCCGCGAUGUCUAUACAGUCCCCCAAUGUACGUCGGACGGCAACGGUGGCUGCUUGGAUGCGGGGUAUGUGGUGCUGCGCUUUAACGCCGACAACCCGGGCGUAUGGAUCAUGCACUGCCACAUCGACUGGCAUCUGAUCGCAGGUCUCGGCAUGAUCUUCGUGGAGGGCGAGGAGCAACUGCAGCAGAAGGGUGUGAGCGCAUUCUCCAACAGUAUGUUGAGCGUCUGCGGGGGGAUGCACCACACCAACGCGACAUCACCACCACCAGCAACGCUGUAG